AUGCCACGAUCUUUCCUGGUCAAGAAGCAUUUCAAUUCAUCCAAGAAGCCAAAUUACAGUAAACUGGACACUCAUACAGUGAUCAUUUCCCCAUACCUGUAUGAGAGCUAUCCAAUGCCUAUCAUACCACAGCCAGAGAUCCUGAGCUCAGUAGCUUACAAUCCAAUUACUGUGUGGACUACAACUGGGCUGCUACCAUCCCCGUUACCCAAUGACCUCUCUCCUCUUUCUGGAUACCCCUCAUCCUUGGGAAGAGUCAGUCCACCUCCACCCUCUGACACCUCGUCCAAGGAUCACAGUGGCUCAGAAAGUCCCAUUAGCGAUGAAGAAGAGAGAAUCCAGUCAAAGCUUUCAGAUCCCCAUGCAAUUGAAGCUGAAAAGUUUCAGUGCAGUUUAUGCAACAAGACCUAUUCAACUUUCUCUGGGCUGGCCAAACAUAAGCAACUGCACUGUGAUGCCCAGUCUAGGAAAUCGUUCAGCUGCAAAUACUGUGACAAGGAGUAUGUAAGCCUGGGAGCCCUUAAGAUGCACAUCAGGACCCACACACUACCUUGUGUCUGCAAGAUCUGUGGCAAAGCUUUCUCUAGACCCUGGUUACUUCAAGGACACAUCAGAACUCACACGGGAGAGAAGCCUUUUUCAUGCCCUCAUUGCAACAGAGCAUUUGCAGACAGAUCGAACCUGAGGGCUCAUCUGCAGACCCAUUCAGAUGUGAAGAAAUACCAGUGCAAAAAUUGCUCCAAAACUUUCUCCAGAAUGUCUCUUCUGCACAAACAUGAGGAAUCUGGCUGCUGUGUAGCACACUGA